GCAAGGGGUGUUUUUUCUCGCUCCUCAUUGGCUGCUGACGGAUUGCUCUCUCAUCUCCCCAACGUUGCCAUUCAUACACUCAGCGCUUCAUUCGCCUUUUCAAAAUAACUCACUGUCAUCCAUGGUAACGAGUUUGGUUAGAUGGGACUAAUUAUUUAAAUUAAGGAAUAAAUAAAUCGAAAGAACUGACGACUGGCAAUAUAACAACAGGGCUCUUGAACGCUGUUGCACAUUUUGGGCCUUCCAGUCCAAAGAACAUGUUUCAGACCGUACCUGACACUUCGUCUUACGUCAAGGUAAGACAACAUGGUCUCUUCGAUCAGGAGGCGCUGUCAGUGGUGAGUGAAGACCAGUCCCUCUUUGAGCCGCCCUACACUGCUGCCGCCCCCCUCCCCAAGACAGACAUGACUGCUUCUGGCACACAGGACUAUGGCCAGCCCCACAAAAUCAACCCCCUACCCCCCCAGCAAGAGUGGAUUAACCAACCUGUCCGUCCAGUCAACGUCAAGAGAGAAUAUGAACACAUGAAUGGAUCUAGUCGGGAGUCUCCUGUAGACUGCACUGUGGGGAAAUGCAAUAAGCUGGUGGGUGGGAACGACUCAUCUCAAAUGAACUACGGCAACUACAUGGACGAGAAGAACGCCGCGCCCCCCAACAUGACCACCAAUGAGAGGAGGGUCAUUGUCCCCGCAGACCCUUCGUUGUGGUCGCAGGACCAUGUCCGUCAGUGGCUGGAAUGGGCCAUCAAGGAGUACGGCCUGCUGGAGAUUGACACGGCCAUGUUCCAGAACACGGACGGCAAGGAUCUGUGCAAGAUGAGCAAGGAAGACUUCCUCCGUCUCACCACCAUGUACAACGCCGAAGUCCUGCUCUCACAUCUCAAUUACCUCAGGGAAAGUAGCUCAUCGCUAUCCUAUAACACUCCAUCUCACACGGACCAGUCUCCACGCCUGGCUGCCAAAGAAGACCCUUCAUACGAUGCUGUAAGACGGACAGGAUGGUCAAACAGCAUGCACAGCGGCAAAGGCUCGCCGGUGGUCACACAGAACGUGUCCAAGUCCGCUGAGCAGGCCAGGCCUCAGCCAGAUCCUUACCAGAUCUUGGGACCCACCAGCAGUCGACUGGCCAACCCAGGCUCUGGUCAGAUCCAGCUGUGGCAGUUCCUGCUGGAGCUCCUAUCGGACAGUGCCAACGCCGGCUGCAUCACCUGGGAGGGCACCAACGGGGAGUUCAAGAUGACCGACCCGGACGAGGUGGCGAGGCGCUGGGGCGAGCGCAAGAGCAAGCCCAACAUGAACUACGACAAGCUGAGCCGCGCGCUGCGCUACUACUACGACAAGAACAUCAUGACCAAGGUGCACGGCAAGCGCUACGCCUACAAGUUCGACUUCCACGGCAUCGCCCAGGCUCUGCAGCCCCACCCCACCGAGUCCUCCAUGUAUAAAUACCCCUCGGACCUGGCCUAUGUGCCCAGCUACCACGCCCACCAGCAGAAGGUCAACUUUGUGUCCCCUCACCCCCCCUCCAUGCCAGUCACCUCCUCCAACUUCUUCGGACCCACCGCUCCCUACUGGAGCUCCCCCACGGGGGGGAUCUACCCCAACCCCAGUGUGCCUCGCCACCCCAACGCCCAUGUGCCCUCGCACCUGGGCAGUUACUACUAAGUACUUCCCCUCACCGUUGAUUAUCCCCUCCUCCCUGCUUUACGACAACCAAACCAAUCAUUACCCACUUUCUCUCACUAAUGAGACCUAACCAACUGAAAGAGAUUGAGGGAAACACUCUCUUUAGAGACUGUGCCCAUAUAUGGUCAAAUGAAGGAUUGCCAAAUUGAAGGACUUAUAAAUGAUAUAUAAAUGGGUUUAGGGAACAAAUGGAUGCUACACUCCAAAUGGAAUACUACUUAUCUGCGACUGUUUCCCUUUUAGUUUUUUUGGAUGGUUUUUAUUUGCCUUCCCAUCCUCUGGAAGCUGCAUCCAGUUAUUGUGCCUUUGAAAUCAUACACAGUUAACCACAAAGUCCCAGGGAUGGGACAAAGAGAGAGCAAAUGUUCUCACCCUCCAUUCUAAAUGCCUCUAUUCCAAGACAUGGGCCUAUUUCUCUUUGGGUCUCAACCAUUCAAUGCAUACAGCAAACCACGUGCCUUCUUCCUAGUCCAGUUUCUGGCUAUGUUCCCAUAUCAGUUCUCUCCAAUGUUCUGUCCUCACUCCAUCCCUGAAUGUGUGGAGAGUUUCUUCUAGAAUUGUA